AUGCAAUUUUUUUCAAAAUUAACAUAAUUCUUCAUCACAAUUGGAUCAAACACAGAAAGAAGAAUGAAAUAUAUUGAUUAUGGCAAUUUGGCCAUGAUUGUUUAUUAUUUUGUUUAACUUAUCGGAUAUAUAUACAGUCAAUUUGAAAGCAAAUCAAUUAAAUAUUAUGAAAAUGACUAUUUAGCCUAAAUUAGUUAAUUAUCAUCAAUUCCUUUUAUGCUAAUUAUCAUACAUUAUGAUCCAUUGACUUUGUUUGCAUAUUACAGCGUAUUUAUUACAAUAUGUGCUAUAUAUUUAAUUGCUCUAAUAUAAAUAUUAAUAUAGGUAUCUUAGCAAAUAAUUAAUAGCCUUUGCAUUCCACUUCCCCAAUAAACAAAUUUAUCAAAUUUUACUUUCAGAAUUUUUAAUGGUUUUUUUUAACACCGUUUAAUGAAUGCAUGGUUGGAGUAAUCACUUGUGGACGACAAUCCUAUCUAGCUGAACAUUCCUUAAUUAAUCCUUCCGAUUGUUUUACUGUCAUAUCUCCUCAUUACUUAAUAAUUAGUUUUACUGGGAUGAUUUUAGUUUCAAUUUCAGGAAUUAUAUCUGUGUUUUGUUUUAGAAAUUACGAAUUUUUACAAAGAGGACUGUUAAGAAAAUACUCAAGCUUGAAUUUUAUAACAAUCUUUUUACAUUAGUUACUUAUUAUAUUAUCAUUUUGGAAAUUAAUGUACUCUGAUUAUUAUAUUAUAAUACAUACUUGCUAUAAUAUGAUAAUGCUAUGCAUUCUUAUUGAUGUAUUAGUUAAUAUUCCUUUCGGAUUCACAAAUGAAACGGUAUUUUACUCAAAAGUACUUUUCAGCUCUUUUAUCUUUGGGGUUUUGAUUACAAUAUGGAUUUUUACAAAAAAAGAUGAUGGUAUAAUUUUUUUAACAUACUCCAUUAUUUUACCUGUAAAUUUUAUUAAUUUUAUAGAUUAUUUUCGCAGUAAAUUCGACCUUUUUCAGGAAUUAUUUUGAAGAAUAAUGUUUUAAGUUUUGUGAAUUUAUUGAUUUUCAAGUGAAUGAAUAUCCUUUAGAAUAUUUAGUUCUACUUUCUCAUUCUUUAACUAUAACUUAAACUAGCUUAUUCUAGGUUUUAAAGUACUUAAAUAUACAUUGCAAAAAUUGUGAAGAUUUAUAAUGUCCUUGUAACAAGAAUUUAUCUAAAUUUGUUUUAACAACUACUGCUUUUAAUGGUGAUCACUUAUAUAUUUGGAUAUAAUAUUAGUUUUAAAAAUUAAUAAAAAUAUCUAUGAGAAAAGAGUAUCCAAUAGAAACUUUCGAAUAAUUAACAAUAAAAUUUUCAACAUUUUUAUAAAAAUAUAGAGAAAAUUAAUAUUUAUCAUAUAAGAGUAUUUAGGAUAUUGUCAUCAAUUUUAAUAGAUUUUAAAAGAACAAUCAUUAAUCACCAUAAUUUUUUUUGAAUUUAACAAAGAAAAUUUAAUGUGAUAAUAAGAAAGAAUUAGAAUAAUAAAAUCGGUCUAAAUAUAUGAUAAAUAAAUCUGAAUUUAAGACAUUAAGCGAUUUAAAUUUAUAUUUUUUUUAUGAAAAUGAAUUGAUGACAAAUAUUAUGAAAUAAGUGAAUUUUUGUAAAGAGUUUUGGUUAUUUUAUCAAAAUGGAACACUGAAGGAUUUUGAUUCCUUACUUUUUUAAUCUAAUAAAAUAUUCAUUUAAAUUGAAAAGAUUAGAAAAUUAUAUAAAGAAUUCUUGUAAAAACGAGAAGAUCCAGAUUUGGAAAAUAUUUUAACUCUUCGAAUUAAUUUACUCUUAUCAAUAAUUUGUUUAGAUGAUUUAAAUAACUAACUAAAAAUAGCUGAUAAAUUAUAAUCUGUUCAAAAAGAAUCACUUUUUAUGUCUAAAUAAUCAUUUCAUAUUUUAAAAUAUAUUAAUAGUGAAGCUAUUUCAGUUACAUCUUUAGUUUCAUUUGAUUCUUUUGGAUAGAUUGAUCAAAAAUAUUCUAGCAAUUUUAAAUAAUUUUUUGGUUAUGAUAUUGAUGAUUAAAUAACUUCAAUCGAUCAAUUAUUGCCAACUUCAAUUGGAUAAGUUCAUGAUGGAUUAGUUGAAAAAUUUUUGAUGGUUGGAAAAAGUUCGAAAAUAUAUAAUUCUCAAGACUCCUUCAUUAAGAAUAAAAACAAUUUUAUUGAAAAUGUAAUAAUGUGUUUGACCAUUCAAUUACCACUAUAGAAUGAUGUAUAUUAUUUUC